CGAGCCGUAGCCCAGUGUUGGAAUUUGCGACGGAAGAUAUAACGCCGCAAGGGCCAGCAUCCCGCAUCCAGAGCAUCUGAUUCCGGUUCGAGACACUCUGCGUGGGCAAAGUCACAUUGCUUCUGACUCGGCCUCCUGAUCCCUCAUUCCCGCUGCCUAUUUACAUCCACCUCAGCCCUCGCUCAUCCUGACUUGGACUCGACAACAUCCCCACAACAGAUUUCGCGCGCCGCCCAAACAUCGGCUUGCUUUGCCGUCUUCUAACCCUUCGGAUCUGGUUCCCGCUCUGCCACGCCGUCAUACACUCGGACCCUUUCCGCCUCGGUAGACCUCCUUCACACUACUCCCGCGCUAGCUGAACGGCGACCACGCGAAAAAGCGCGUCCGGGAGCACAUCAGGGCUUUCUCAGCCGAAUACGCCCGCCAACAAGAUAUAACAUCCCGAGCCCCACAACAGCCGCGAUGCAUUUCGAAACUUCCCCAGGUUCUUCGCCAUCCAAGUCGCUCCCCAUCUCCAUCAAGACCAUGUCUUCACCGACGGAUUCCCUUUACAGCAACUGCUCCAUCGAAUCGUCGACCUCCAGCCGCGGUUCGUCAUGUGCAUACCCUUCCUGGCCAACAGGUAGUGCACUCGGGUACCGCAGCACACCCAGCUCCUACAUCAGCGACGCCGACCUCUUCGGCGAGGACCUGGACGACGACUUCUCGUGCCCCUACCUGCAGGAAGCACCUGCACCGCCACGCCAACCCCCGAUGGCCCAGGCUUUCCCCAUCUUGCCGCCACUAUUCGCCUCAGAGAAGCCGAAGAAGCAGCAACGCAGGCGCAGCAGUGGCCGCAAGCCUCGCCGCUCCAGUAAGCCCAUGACUCCCAUCUCCGAGUCACCUGAGGCCCAACGCGACUGAACGAGCAUCUUGAUUUUGUUUACCUCAUUCAUCUUUCCGUUGUCUACAACAUCAACGGCAUGACGUCAGCGCACUAUCAUUUUAGCGCC